UGUAAACCAAGCGCACCGUUGAGGUCACGUGUUGUAAAUUUUAAUUCGGCGCGUUUUGAUGGCUGACUAUUCACCUGAAUCCCUGCUCAGCUAAAGUCUUUGAGAGAUGCCACCAGAGAGAAAGGCCAGAGUGGGUAAAAGAAGAAGAGCAAGUUCAGACAAAGGUGACAAAGAUGAAACGGCAUCUUCUGCAAAAGAAAGAGUUGGUGGAAAGAGGAAAGCUGCAGCUUCUGCUGAGACUGGAGCAAAUAAGGAGAGCUCAGAGUCGCCUGGUUCUCCACAGCAAUGUCGCUGGCUGAUGAAGUCUGAGCCCGAGAGCCGCUUUGAGAAUGGGGUCGAUAUGAAGUUUGGGAUCGAGGAUCUGAAGGCUUUGCCUAAUCAGACCGACUGCUGGGAUGGGGUCCGCAAUUAUCAGGCGCGCAAUUUUAUGAGGCAGAUGAAAGAAGGGCAGUUGGCUUUCUUUUACCACAGCAACUGCAAGGAACCGGGGAUAGCAGGAAUCAUGAAAAUUGUGAAGGAAGCUUAUGUGGACCACACUCAGUUUGACAAGAAAGAUGUCCAUUAUGAUGCAACCAGCAAAGCAGACAACCCAAAGUGGAGCAUGGUAGAUGUCCAGUAUCAAAGAAUGUUGAAGCGUUUUGUUCCUCUGGCUGAGCUUAAAAAGUAUCACCUGCAGCAUCGGGCCAAGGGAGGGCCUCUGAAGGACAUGGCACUUUUUACAAGGGCCAGGCUCUCUGUGCAAGCCCUCACCACUGAGGAGUUUGACUUUGUUUUGAGUUUGGAGGACAAAGAGCCACUGUGAGCAUGUGAAGUCAUGAAACUGCCACCAAUAGUAUACCAUCAGCCCAGUGUUUAUGCAAAGUGUAAUCAAUAUAACAUACUGUAGUGUUUUUUUCUUGUUCAUAAAUAUUAUUAAAUGUGGUUUUGUCAAAUUGUGACUCCCAUACAGUUGCAUUUUAUUCUUGCGGUAGGUAAAUGUAAGUAAAGUUUUACCAUAAAAUUUUGACAUUGCAUUGGUUACAAAAUGGCAGCAAUAUGUAAUGUUGAUUAAGGUUGCCCUUUGCCCUCACAAUAUCCUUGGCCCGUGUUUAUUGCCGUUAUUCAGCUUAUAUCUUGUGUAUGAGCAGCACAAGAGACUAUUCUUCACAGUGCCCUCGCCAGUUUAACACUGACUUCACCAGAUAAAAAUGAUUUCACAUUCUGCAACCCAUAGUUUU